CCUGAGCCAGCACUCUUUUGCCAGACUUUCAGCGCCUGAGCAAUGAAGCCAUCAUUCAUCUUCUCAGCUGUGACUGCAGUUGUCCUCUGCAGCCUUCUCAAGUCUUGGGUUUCAGCCCAGGUCUCAAAAGCAUGCUUCUGCGAGCUGCAGAACCUGGGUCAGGCUUUCCCCUCAGACAAGCUCGAGGAAAUCCUCCGAACCUCCACUGCCUGCACUCGCAGUGCCACAGAGGAGCAGCUAACCGAAGUGGAGACCCUGCUGGACAGCCUGCACUACCGGCUGCUGGACCUGGAGAAGGACGUGAAGGACCUGGAGGAGGCGAAGGAUGAGGGGAUGUACGGCAUCAUCUCCCUGAGGAUCAUUGAGAUCGAGCUGAACGAGAUCAGUGACCUCCUCAUCAGGCUCAACAGCACCACCCGGAACCAUCAGGCCCUCACUGUCAACCUAGGUCCACAGCUGAGGAAUCUGAGGACAGAGCUGGGGAAGCUGGCUGACUUUGAUAGGAUGCAGGUGGUAAAAAAAGAGCAGGAGAACAAAAGGCUGAAGAGACACCUGUCAGUUUGUGAGACUGAUCUGAGGAUGACUCCUGCUCCACAUAAGGACCCUGCACCAGGAAACUGCCCCUUUGGCCGUCUGCUGAACGUGACAGGACCCACCAGCAGUAUGCUUACAGAAUAUGACAGCUCCUAUCCCUAUGGCGCCUGGGGUAAGGACCCCAAACCAGCCCCUGGCAAGGAAAGCUGGUACUGGCUGGUGGUGCUGACCAGCAGCAGCUGCUAUGGCAGCUUCGUUCGCACUUACACAAGUCGCAGUGCCCAGAUCGUGGCCCAGUAUGCAGGUGAUGUCAUUGUUACUUCCUCCGUUACUACCACCAACUCCAUAAUGGGCCCUGGCUCUGUCAUGUAUAACAACGCCUAUUACUACAAUUGCUACUACUCCCCUAACGUCUGCCGCUUUGACAUGGAGACCAAAACGAUCACCACCAGGGCCCUUCCAGGGGCAGGAGCCAAUGGCAAGUUUCCCUACUGCCAUCUCACCGCCUGCUACAGCUGCACGGACAUCGACCUGUCUACCGACGAGUCGGGGCUCUGGGUGAUCUACGCCUCUGAGGAAAACUUUGGUAAUGUUGUUCUCAGCCGGCUCAACGCCACCAGCACCCUGGACAUUCUGGAAACAUGGCGCACCUCUCUGGUCAAGAAAGCCGUCACCAAUGCCUUCGUCGCCUGUGGCGUGCUGUAUGCCACCCGCCUCGUCAACAACAACUACGAAGAGAUCUUCUACUCCUUCGAUACUGUCACGGGCAUUGAAAGAGGCAACCUCAGCAUUCGCUUCAGGAAGCCUUCUGCCUACAUCUACUCUCUGAACUACAACCCACGGGACCGCAACCUCUACGCCUAUAAUGAUGCCUAUAUUGUCACCUACCAGACCGUGUUUGGGUGAACAGAUUUGGAUGCCCAUUCUUCUCCAGCUUGUGGCCACACUUUCAAACCAGACCCAACAGAAGGGCACAACAAACAAACAAACAAAAUUUGCUCAAAAAUAUUACUUACUUUUUUCCCCUCAGAUGACCUUCCUACGGUGAGUAGAUGUGACUGAAACAUUACUUAUGGUAAAGAAAAUACAAACUAGUUUAAAAAUGCUCUAUGGACCUUCUGUGCUUAAGUAUAGAUAAGUAAGGAGCAUUUGCAGUUGAUGGUACAGUCUGGUUUCAGAAGGGUGGCUUUCAGGCUUUAUAAUCUUGAUUUUCUUUAGUAAUCCUAUAUAUGCACACAGGGAGCAAAGAUAAGAAAUUAGUAAAUGAUUUAGUUGCACCGCAGUUUACGCCUGCUCUAUGAUAACUGGCCACUGAUGAUCAGCUGGCACUUUCAGAAAAUCAUGCAGUCAUGCAAUUUUAUCAUUUAAAUUAAUAGAAAAGAUGUAGGUUCUACAAAAACCUUGUUCUGUACAGUACAUGGUUAUACUUGGGUGGGGAACUCACUUUUUGGGUUUUAGAUCACCAGAUCAAUCACACCUGUACAGAACAAGGUACAGAACAAGAACUAAUCCUGCCUUGCUUGCAUGUAAACCAGAUGUGUGAAGAUUUUGAUAUGUGUAGCAGCUGCUCAAUAAAUUUGUACCGCAAA